UGUACACAAUUAUUUGGUGUUUUUCUUUAAUCAUUAUUUAAUUUGACUGUAUUUUCAGGAAAAAAAAACCAUUUUAGAAUGACGUUGUAAUUCAAGUUUUUCAUUGGAAAAAUACAUCAUGCGUCUUCCUAGAGUUCGAUUUGUUGUGAAGCUCGGAAUAUUUGUCAUAAUACUCCUGCUUCUAGGGCCCUACUUAUUUCACUUGAAGCUAAGUGAAGAUUCUGCUGAUGAAGCUGAAGAAUACAGAAAGUGGCAGCAACGACAUAAAGAUGAACAGAAGAAUAAACUGAAUGAUCUUGAAGACCUUCACUCUGAAGACACUCCAAAAAUGAUUGCACGUAAAUCUGAGACUGCUGUACUAAAGAAAAAUGUUUUUGGAAACUUUGAGCCACCUGACCUCCCCACAAAGGAAGGCCCAGGAGAAAAUGGAAAGCCUGUUCAUCUAUCUUCGGAAGAGAAAUAUCAGGCAGAACAAUCUGUUACAGAAUUCGGCUUCAAUAUGGUAGCUAGUGAUAAGGUAGCAAUGGAUCGAUCUAUUCCAGAUACCAGGCCUGAAGAGUGUAAGCACUGGCACUAUUCAACAAAACAGCCCAAAGCCAGUGUUGUUCUAGUGUUCCAUAAUGAAGGAUUCUCCACUCUAGUGAGGACUAUUCACAGUGUUGUUAGAACCUCACCAAGACAGUUUUUGGAGGAGGUUGUCUUAGUGGAUGACUUUAGUACCAAAGAACACUUGAAGAAAAAACUUGAGGAUUAUGUUGAAAAGGAGUUUAAAGGGCUGGUAAAAAUAUAUCGCAAUUCAAAGCGUGAGGGGCUUAUAAGGACACGUACAAGAGGGGCUGAGGUUUCAACUGGGGAUGUUGUUGUUUUCUUGGAUGCCCAUUGUGAAUGUAACAAAAACUGGCUGGUACCUCUGUUGGACAGGAUCCGUCAGAACAGGACUACAUUGGCUGUGCCCAUAGUGGAUGGUAUAGAUUGGAAUACAAUGGAAUAUGCACCAGUUUAUGGCAGAGUUCUUCAUAGAGGAAUAUUUGAAUGGGGAUUUUUUUAUAAAGAGACAGCAGUACCUGCAAAAGAGCUGAUGAAAAGACAGUACAACAGUGAGCCUUACUGGUCACCAACUCAUGCUGGUGGACUUUUUGCUAUUGAUAGAAAAUAUUUUUUUGAACUCGGUGGAUAUGAUCCUGGAUUAAAAAUCUGGGGUGGAGAAAAUUACGAACUUUCCUUUAAAAUAUGGCAGUGUGGGGGCAGUGUUGAAUGGGUGCCCUGCUCACAUGUGGGCCACAUAUACAGAAACCACAUGCCUUAUGGUCUAGGCAAGGAUGUUGAUCCAUUUAUGUCUCCUAUUUAUAUUAAUUACAUGAGAGUGGUUGAAGUUUGGAUGGAAGAUGAAUUCAAGGAGUAUUUUUACACCCGUGAACCAAGUUUUAGAGGAUAUCCCUAUGGUGAUAUAUCCAAGCAGUUGGCUUUCAAGCAGGAACACAACUGUAAGAGCUUCAAGUGGUUCAUGGAUAACAUUGCUUAUGAUGUGUAUGACCAGUACCCCAAACCACCUCCCAAUAAAGCUUGGGGAGAGAUCCGAAAGAAAGGCACCAAUGACUGCUGGGAUGCUGGGUCCAUGAAUGUUGAUUCCUCACACGUCAGUUUAAGUGUAUGUCAUGGAAUAGGCCAUUCACAGAUGUUUAGAUUAAAUGUAAAGGGACAAAUCGGAAUCGGUGAACGUUGCAUCCUUGCCCAAAACUCUGGCAAACUUUUUCUGACCUACUGUAAUACACAGCCCACUGGACCAUGGGAAUGGGAUGAGAAGACUGGAGUAAUGCGCCACACAGAGCUAGACAAAUGUGUGUCGGUGGAUGAGAGCAACAAUGUUUACCUUGACAAAUGUUCUGGCAACCCAAGCUGGGACAUUAAAGAAAUUUACCCUUGGAAAAGAUCUCGCCGACUCUAAAGCUGAUGAAGCUUUGAAUAAAAUAAUACACGUUUAUAUCCCUCCCAUUCCAAUGCAUGACAAUCUGUAAUUUAUAGUAUAAGAAAUACUUUAUUGCAAGUUAUUAUUUUAAAAUUACAUAUUUUUAACAGUCCAUUUUUAUAAUAAUAAAUCUUAAUAACUAUUUUUUAAUUAGAAAAUUUAAUAAUUUUAAAGCAUUAUUUUCUGUUAAAUUAUUGAUUAAAAAUGAUUUCAUUACAUUACAUAAAGUUUUUAAACUUAUGUUUGUUAUUAAAAAAAAUCAAAAAUGCAUAUUUAUAAGUAUUGGUAGAUAAUAAAAUUAUUUUAGUAUAACUGGAAUAUGUAUGUGUUUCUCCUACAUUAUAAAUUGUUUUUAAAAAGCAAAUAGUUAAGUUAAAAUAACUAUCACAAGUUCAAAGAUCACGCAAUUUACAAAUUAUUUGUUUAUUAAGAUAAUUUUUUUUCAUACUUUUGUAUCUGAUUAAGAAGGGUCUAUUUUUUUAUCAUUUAAAAAAUACAUGAAUGUGUUCAUUUUUUUUUACUUUAAGUAUGCAUAUAUUUCUGUGUUAAAAUCAAAUUACAAGACCAUCAGAAUUUAGUGGCAGCGUUUUAUAAAAUAAAAUAUGUUCACUUGAACAUUUUCUUUAAUUGACUGAGGAACAUUUGACAGUAUGAAACAAGACUUACAUAUCUGACCAGUCAAUUUUCUGAAUGAAUAGCUUCAGCCUAUGGGUCUCGUAUUUUUUAUGUGUACAUAAAAAGGGAUUGGAAAUUUUGUUAGUGACCAAAGUCUUUAAUUGAUUUGUCAUCAGAAAUGUUCUUCACAAAGAAAAAAAUAAUUUGAGGUGCCAUAUUUUACUGUUUUCUUUUUUUUUUUUAGUAAUUCUCUAAGUAUAUUUAGUUAAAUAUUUGCCUAAUGCACAAAUAUUAAGCUUAAACAUGAAAUAGCAUUGUACUAGUCCAUUUACUUGUCUUCUAUUUAAUAAUGUAAAACUCCAGAAAAUUUUGAUACAGACUUUUGUGAUAUUUAUACCAAAUCUAGUCCCUCUGCUUAUGUUCUAGGUGACAGGCUGUUCUCUUAUUUACAGGUGAAACAACAAAUAUAGUCAAAAUGCUACACGUUUAUUUUAACAUUUGAAAAACAAAUAAGCUGAUAAAAUUAUACAAUUUUUAAUUAGAAAUUCAUGAAUAUUGUUUUAAAAGCAGACCAGUUUCUAAUGUACACAUUUGAUUUUUAACAUUAUAAAUUUGUUAAAAGUGCCUUCAGCAUUAACAGAAUGUUUUCUAUGUGGUUGUGGAUAAUCAAAAGUCAUUUACUUAUGGGGAAAGGGAGCUAACCUUUCUCUGCCAUAAUCAAUUACACCUUAAGUGUUCUGGUGUGGUUUAUCAUGUUCUUCAUGGCUUGGCAUUAAAGAAGCGUUUAUAUUUUAUUUAUUUUUAUUUGUACUUGAUUGUAUUUGUAUAUGUGUUACUUUUAACAGAUGUUGCCACAGUAUUAUCACAUGUUACUGAUAUAAUCUAGUUACCCAAUAUUGUCAUUAAUCUUGCAUGUAUCUUAGUUGUAGAAAUCUUAUGAGAUUAUUUUACUGAAUACAUGUGAUACCAAAGAAGAUUUCAUAUUCAAAUUGAGGAAAUAUAUUUUAAAUAGUACUCUCCUGAUAUAGAAAUUGUCCCCUUGGUAGGCUCCUACUAGUGUUUGCGGUAUAUCAGGGGAGCCAAUCUUAACUACUUGCCAUUGCCCCCCUACCCCCUGUCAUUAAUAAAUACAACAGCAACAAAAAACAGCACUGUACAAGACAGAGAAUUGCUAAUAUGUUCUAAUAGCUUUUUUUGUAAUAGACUGACUCACAAUUGAAUUUGUUCUGUCUAAAAAAAUAAUGUUGAUUUGAAAUAGUUUACUUCUGCUUAGCUAAGGUUAUGGUUCUUUAAGUGCUUUGUUUAAAAUGAUCUAUACUCUUGAGUAGUAUCAUGAGAUUUUUUGCUUUUAGUGUUUAGAUUUGAUCUCUAAACUUGAAAUUACCAUUCCUUUAUAACUUAUUUAAAUAGUUCUGUAUACAUUCAUUAAUUUGGUUAUUUGUACAUACAUUUGGCCUGGAGAUUGUUUUAUGUUUAUUUUUAAAAAGUAAGAAAGGCUGAAGUUUAAAUCUUCUAGUUGAUAUUAAACGUAUCACUAUAA